GAUCGUCUGGUUUCACGGAGAAGCUUGAACGGCGUAAGCAGGUAGGUCAUCGGACAUGGGUGCGAUAUAACCCUGCCGCCGCAUACGCACGACCUCUCCGGGGUGCCUAUCUGGCGCUAAAUCAUCACAGUUGCACACAGAAAAGUCUGUAUAUGCAAAGCAUGUCUUCCAAUCGAUACAGCAGGUACCAAGGCGGCGGCAGCAGCAGCAGGUCCAAACAGAAGGUUAUAACGAAUAAGGAUGUCUCAACCAAUCAACCUUUACCAGGUUCUAAUAACCAGCGAUCUACGAAGCCGCUGGGCGCCGCCUCUACCUCUGCCUGUGGUAGUGGAAGCCGAGAAUCUACAGGCAAGCCUAGUAUUCCCGAGGGCGGAGAUUGGGUUUCUAGUGUCAGCCACGGUAGCAAUUUUGUUGAUUACUUGCCUCAGGAUGAGGCGGUUGCUACUGGGCUAGGAGCUGACAAGGGCGGAUUGGAUCCUGUCGAGUCACAGCAAGUGGUGGAUCUAUUGAACAAAGAAUUAUCCCGUCUUCUGAAAUUGAACCCUACUGAUUUCUGGCGAGAAGUGGCCAGCAACACAUCUCUUCACUCUUUCCUUGAAAGCUUUCUUAAGUUUAGGAGUAGAUGGUAUGAUUUCCCAUACCGUGGACCAAAGGGCAUAGUUGCUGGAGUUAUUGUUGGUGAAUUUGAGCUAUCCCGACGUGUCUUCAUGGUCUUAUAUUGCAUUUCUAAUCCCGAUCUUGGAUCCAAGGCUGCUGACUGUUUCAGUGGGGAAGAAUAUUCAGCUCUUUUGCAGCAGAAGAAAUUACUUAAUUUGUCAAAGUUGUUAGAAAUUUCUGCUAUAUAUGGUCAUGAUAAUGAAGAUCUGACAAGAAUUUUGGUAAGUUUGAAAUAUCUCUCUCUACCCUUUUACACUUUUGCUGAGGUUCUUUGCUUUUCAGUUUGAAACACAAGCUUCCAAUUGUUUGAGCGUACAGAUGUGUCACUGUUUGAAGGUACAGAUGCUUAAGCUAGAUUACGUAGAUGUGUUCCUUUUAUGGAUGCGAUAACCGGGCAAUACCAGUUACUCAACAUUAUAUUCUAGCACUGAAAACUUUUUGUCAAAUUCAGAUGGAUCAGAAUGAAUUUUCUUUUAUAUG